UCCUUGGUGUUGUUUAAGCUUUUGGAGGGUAGAUAGUUUAAUUUGUGGUUUUUGGUUUAUCCAGUAGAGUCCAGUGACUGCACUGUUAAGAGAGGAGAACCAGCCUGAGGGUGGGGUGACAGGGGUCAUGGCAAGGAGGUAAUUUCUUUUUGGGAGGAUGUUCAUUUUAACGGUGAAAAUUCAGCCAAUUAAAGAUACCGGUAAUUUAUUCCAUCUUUCCAGAUUGUCUUUUAUUUCUAACUAACUAUCAAUGAUCACGGUACUUAGACAUGAAAGUCUCAUUAAUAUAAGUAUUCCUUUUACAGUUCACUGCACAUUUCUGUAUUUACAUAGCUCCACACAAAUGGCUGGCAGUUAAUUCAUUGACAUGGGCUGGCGUGCAGUGCAGGGAGAGGUCUUUAGUCAAAAACGUUGCUUCGAAGUGCUUUAAAAUAUGCAUCAAUGUUUCCUUUUCAACAUUUCCCCUGUCUCUGCAGAUAGUUUUGAGACGUGUUCCUUAAAAAAUAAAUAAAUAAAAGAACCUGCGAGACCAUGAACUCUUUCACACCAGAGGACUUUGACUUCACUGUCCUGGAGGAGGGGUCUUGUGCCUGUGACGUCCUUGAGCAGAGGAUCAACGAGUCAUCCAUGUCGGAUGACAAAGACGCCUUCUACGUGGCGGACUUGGGGGACAUCCUGAAGAAGCACCUGAGGUGGGUGCGUGCCCUGCCCCGCGUCACGCCCUUCUACGCCGUCAAGUGCAAUGACAGCCGCGCCGUUGUCAUGACGCUUGCCACUCUGGGGACGGGGUUCGACUGCGCCAGCAAGAAUGAGAUCCAGCUGGUGCAGUCUCUCGGGGUGGACCCCAGCAGGAUCAUCUACGCCAACCCCUGCAAGCAGGUGUCCCACAUUAAGUACGCCUCUGCCAACGGGGUCCAGAUGAUGACCUUCGACAGUGAGGCAGAACUCCCGAAGAUCGCCCGUUACCAUGAAAAUGCCAAGCUGGUGCUCCGCAUCGCCACGGACGACUCGAAGGCAUUGUGCCGAAUGAGCGCGAAGUUUGGGGCGGCGCUGGAGAGCAGCCGGCUGCUCCUGGAGCGCGCGUUGGAGCUGGGCCUCGACAUCAUCGGGGUCAGCUUCCACGUGGGCAGCCGCUGCACCGACCCCGAGACCUACAGCCAGGCCAUCUCAGACGCCCGCUGCGUCUUCGACAUGGGGGCAGAGCUGGGCUACAAUAUGACCCUUCUGGACAUUGGCGGGGGAUUCCCUGGGUCCGACGACUCCAAGCUGACGUUUGAGGAGUUCACAGCUGUCAUAAACCCAGCGCUGGACAAGUACUUUCCAGCCGACUCUGAGGUCCAAGUAAUCGCUGAGCCGGGCCGCUACUAUGUGACUUCAGCCUACACGCUGGCGGUCAACAUCAUCGCUAAGAAGGUGGUGAUUCGGGAGCAAUCGGCCUGUAACGGCAAAGCUGUUGGGGCCAACAACGGGACCCUGAUGUACUAUGUGAACGAGGGGGUCUACAGCUCGUUCGUCCAUGUGAUUUUCAACUACGCCCAUGUCCUGGCAACUCCACAUAAGAAAGUCAAGCCGGGUGAGUGCACCUACCCCUGCAGCAUCUGGGGCCAGACCUGUGACGGGCUGGACCUCAUUGUGGAGCAGUGCAUCCUGCCUGACCUGCAGGUGGGCGAAUGGCUACUGUUCCACAACAUGGGGGCCUACACCAUCGCCGCCUCCUCCACCUUCAACGGCUUCCAGAAGCCCGACAUCCACUAUGUGAUGUCCCGGAGUGUGUGGCAACGCAUUCAGCAGAUCUCCACUCAGGGGCUGCAUGGCCCCAUUGAAGAGGCCUGUCCCAGCGACCUGCCGUCCUGCUGCAGGAGGGAGAGCAGCCUGGAGCUGCCAGCCAAGCCCUUCCCCGCCCGCGUGCGAUAUUCACUCCCAUAAAUACUUGAAGAUAACGAAGAAUUCAACGACAAAGCAAAUGCUAACGAGCCAAACCUGCAGUACCCGGCUCCUCUGUAGUGCAUAGGCCUUUAAUAAUGAACGCCGUCCACCUCACUCAGCUUCAGGCAACUUCACCCCAGUUGUGUUCAUUCCCAGUCCCUGUUUGUGGACAUCCCUCUUCGAUCUGUCCCUGGGGAAACCUCACUUCCUCUUUCCCUGGAGGCUCUACUUCAGGGCUUGGCGGGUGAUGAUGGUUGCUAGUCUCCCGAUGGCAUGCCCUCUCCAACCACACUUUCACAGCUUCUUAAAGAUGACUGAGAACGAUCCUGUUCAGACCUUUUGUCCGAACAUGGUCCGGAUAUUACGGAAGUUCCACUAAGGGUGGUCUUCUUCACCCCGAACAUUUUAUUCCAUAAUUAUUCCACCAGAAGUCCAUUUCAGCUCAGGCUUCCCCAAACGAUUUUUGCCCAGUCCAGAAUUACUUUUUGUGGCCAGGAGAUAUGGAUCUCUCUACCACCAGACAUUAAUCAACAACACUCCACUGAUUAAAAAAACUAUUUAGGGUUCUCUGUUGUACUGAUCACAUUAACUCUUCAGCAAGACUUUCACUUUUUUGGCGGGUAUUUAUCUGAUUAUCUGUAUUGUGCAUAAAAGGGGAUGCCACCUGUGAAACCCUUGAGGGCUUUUUGGCUUUCCCCUGCGUAUCUCACAAUGCAUUCUUGGAUCUCUGUUUUUUUUUUGGUGCAUUGGCUUCCCGGCAGUGGGUUACUGGUUUGGCGUUGGGUUCUUGGUUUGGCCAGGAAGCAUCACAGCCCCCAUUUCCGAGGCACCCCCCUCAGCCAAGUAUUUGAUUUGGUUCCCAUUCGUUAUUGUUUCUGCAUCUGGCAGUUUUUUUCUGGGGGGGGGGGGGGUUGGGUUAGUUAGCCCCACACCCAACCCAAAUGGCCAGGGGCUGCCUGGUCUGCCUUCUUCCUUUUGACCUGUCCAGUUUGGCUGAACCUGCCAGGGGUACAAAACCCAUCCAGCAUAGCUCUCAGGGUCAUGGGAGUCCACAACCCUCUCCACCAAGACAAGGUUACAGUCAAGGAGAGGCAACUCCUGCAUUGUGUUCAGUUAAUGCUUAGUUUUAGUGGCCGUAUGUCCACACUUUUAUCAAUAAUGGGCCUAUUAAUGUAUCUCAGUCUUUAAUUUUAUCACUUUAAUUUUUUUUAAUUGUCUUUAUGUAAUCUAUGCAAUAUAGCACAAUGUGAAUACGGGACUUUCAUUCUUUAUGGCAUGCAUAUCCAUUUUUGACACAAUAUAUCUUAAUCCCUCAAAACAUGAAAAGUGUGGUUAAGAAAAAAUGAACAGAUAAUUCAAAUUCAAGGUUGCAACUGUGACUGGAACAGAAAUGAGCAUUCAUAGUGGUCCUCCAGGACUGAGUGCGAGAACAGGGUUCCCACUCGUCCUGGAAAACCUUGAAAACCUCGACAUUUAUCAGCUAGUUUUCCAGUCAUUGAAAACACCUGGAAAUGAGAAAAUGAGAAAACGAAAUGUCCUGGAAAUAUUUGCGAGGUCCUGGAAAAAUCUGCGAUUGUAUACCCCCCCCCGUCCACCACCGGCUUUAGGCUACCAUUGCCCAUGUUUCAUGUCUGUAAGUCUAAGUCAUUGAAAUUAUCCUUGAAAUGUCUGGGAAAAUAAGUGGGAACCCUGGAGAACCACUGCCUCUCUGCAGUCCAGUUAAAUGAAUCCUUUUCACCAGGAGAUGGCGAUGUUAAUCUGUUAACAACACAAUGUGGCAUCACACGGCCAAGAAAGAUUUUUUUGCAAAUGAAACUUCACUGGAUUUUUUUUCCACUUAUUUUGUUUCUUAAUUGUGGUUAUGGUAUUUUCUUCUGAAAAAUAAAUAUGUCUGCAUUAUCUGCAGCAACUAUU